GGUGUGCUAGUGCUAGAGAGAGGGUGAGGGAGAGAGCAAGGGGGACAAAGUGCUCCUCCGGGAUCGUAUCGGAGCCUUCUCCCUUCUCUCGCCUUCCUCUCUCCUCCUGGUACACGGCAUGCUUGUGUCCAUUUAAGUUGGGGAGGCCCUGGAGAGGAUACACAAUGGAGCGAAGAGCCUGUGGCAACUGGGCCGUUGUACUGCUGAGAGGGGGAUGGGGUAGAGAGAGGACCGGUUCACACAGCUAACACAGCCUGCUGGCUGUAGGCUUCCUCAGCCUCUCCUCCCCUCCUGGACCAACUGGUUCCAGGCCGGGGCCUUUUUCCUGGAAACAGCCACCCCCCCAAAACUCUGCUUGGACUACACUAAGGAUUACUCACCAUGUUCUGUGGGAUUUUAGUAUACAAAACUGGAGCCUGAAGACUAAAUCUCUCCCGUGUUUUGGAUGAGAGAAAAGAAAGAACAAACUUCUGUGUGAUUCUUUCGAGCCCUUGUUUUUUUUGGUUUCUGUUUCUGUUUAGUGGAGUUCAUAAAUGGAUUACAAGAUGCACGCCAAGUCAAACGAUUUGCUGGAUUUUCAGAAACUGGACGCCCUUCUGGAAAAAAUUGCACAUUCAGUCUCUGUAAAAAGAGAGUCCAGCGAGGAGUGCAAUGGGAUCAGCAGUGCUCUGUCAGUGGAGUCUGUGCCGGGGCCAAGACUGAACUGGUGUCCUGCCAACACCUCUACCCCGGCCCCUGCCCCUGCCCCAGCUCCAGCUCCCCCCCCGGGGCACGGGCCCAUGCUCAACCCACACAGAAUGGGGGACGGCCUGGACGCAGCGCAGAUGUCGGGUGGCAGCAGCAGCCAGGGGCAGGCCCAGUCCUCGGGUCACCCCUCAGCCCCUGACUGCGUCAUUCCCGACAGGCCAAAGCGCCAGACCAAUCAGCUGCAGUUCCUGCUCAAGGUGGUGGUGAAGACGAUGUGGAAGCACCAGUUUGCCUGGCCCUUCCAUGCACCAGUGGAUGCAGUCAAACUCAACCUGCCUGACUACUACUCAAUCAUCAAAAUUCCUAUGGACAUGGGAACAAUCAAGAGAAGGCUUGAGAGCAGUUACUACUUGAAUGCCCAAGAAUGUAUCCAAGACUUCAACACAAUGUUUACCAACUGCUACAUAUACAACAAGCCUGGAGAUGACAUAGUCCUGAUGGCUGAGUCUCUAGAGAAGUUUUUCCUCGGGAAGAUCACAGAAAUGCCUCAGGAAGAAACUGAGAUCGUUGUCAUGACAGGGAAAGGACGCGGGCGGGGCAGGAGAGAGGGAGGCCUGAGCUUGAAACCAGGGGCCAUCAUUGAUCCUUCGUCCACGACUCCUCACACCCGUGGUCUGUCAAACCUCUCAGCAUCCCCGCUGACCCGAGGACCUGUGCAGGGCCCACCUUCACUACCUCCCCAGCCUCUGAUGCAGGCCCACGUGCCCCCGACGUUACCCAGCCACGCGCCUCAGCUCGGUGGUCCCUACUCCCUGGGCCAAUCGGACUGUGCUCCUCAAGUUCCCAUCAUGACUUCUGUGCCUCCCCCUGCUCAGACUUCCCUUCCUCCAGCAUCCAUCCAGAACACUGCCCCCAUGCUGCAGAACCCUGUUACCAUGACCAAACCCUGCAGUCAGUCGAACCCGCACAUGAUCCGAUUUCUCAACAAGUCUUUGGAAAUAAAGCAAAGAAAGAGCCAGAAAAGGAAAGCAGACACUACAACGCCCACAGCAAACGACCAACUCAGUGAAUCUUCGCCAGCAGAGUCCAAAUCUGGGAAGACGUUACCCAGGCGAGAGAGUACCAGACCUACAAAACUGAUUAAGAAGGAGGCUCCAGACUCUCAGCAUCACAUAGGCCUGGGUAUCGGACUGAGCGGACCAAGCGGAGGUCAUAGCCCCAAACCUCAAGAUCAACUGGGAUAUUGUGCUAGUUUGGUUAGGGACAUGCUGUCAAAGAAACACGCUGCCUACGCCUGGCCAUUCUACAAACCCGUUGACGUGGCUGCACUUGGACUACAUGAUUAUCACGAUAUCAUCAAACAUCCCAUGGACCUAAACACCAUCAAGGCAAAGCUGGAGAACAGGCAAUACCGGGAACCCCAGGAGUUUGCUGCUGAUGUACGAGUAAUGUUUUCCAACUGCUACAAAUAUAACCCACCAGACCACGAGGUGGUUGCUAUGGCACGCAAACUACAGGAUGUCUUUGAGAUGCGUUUUGCCAAGAUGCCCGAUGAACCUGAGAGCAAACCUCUGGUUUCUGCCCCGGCUCCUACACUUCACCAUCCGGCCCCUGUGAAGCCUCCACCUCCUCUGGCCCGCAUCGCCUCGUCUUCAGACAGUUCCAGUGACUCAUCUUCUGAGUCUGAGUCUUCCACCGAUGACUCUGAAGAGGAGCGAGCCCAGAGGCUGGCUGAGCUCCAGGAACAGUUGAAGGCUGUCCACGAGCAGCUGGCCGCCCUGUCUCAACCACAAGUCAGCAAACCAAAGAGAAAAGAGAAGGAGAAGGAGAAGAAAGAGAAGAAAAAAGAGAAGCAUAAGAAGAAGGGAAGCAUGCCUAGCCUUGUGGAUGAAAUGCAAGACACUAUACCUGUUUCGCAGAUCUCUAAGAAGAACAAGUCGAGUAACAACAAAGAGGUUGUUUCCAAGAAGAAACACAGUAAAAAGGAAGGGAUGAAAAGCCACCAUCCACCCAAUCUGCAGCCGGUUCCUAGCCUGGAAGAUGACCUUGGGGCUGCUGGGUCAUCAGCGUCAGGGGAAAAGGGCAAGCCCAUGACAUAUGAGGAGAAAAGGCAAUUAAGCUUGGACAUCAACAAGCUUCCAGGUGACAAGCUUGGCCGCGUAGUACAUAUUAUCCAGUCCAGAGAGCCCUCACUUAAAAACUCAAACCCUGAUGAGAUAGAGAUUGACUUUGAGACGCUAAAGCCUUCCACUCUGCGCGAGCUGGAGAGAUACGUUUCUUCCUGCCUCCGCAAGAAGAAAAGGGCUCCAGUUGAGAAGACUUUGGAGUCCAUGGCUACCUCCAAGAAGAUGGGCUCUUCUUCAGAGAGCACCGGCUCCAGCUCGGACAGCGAAGCAGAAGGGACAGAAAUAAUAAAACACCAGAAAAAGAAGAGCCAGUCUGUAAAGGAGGGGAAGAAGAUGCAUCUUCACGCACAGAGCGGCUCUGCUCACUCUGGGCUUCACUCCCAGCCUGCAGGCCUUCAGCCGAGUCAGAUCAAGCACCAUCAGCCUUCUCCUGCAGGCUUCAUGGCCCCCCCCGUAGCGGCUCUGGAGUCUUCACAGCUACUGGAGACUGGCUUCGAGUCCAUGCCACCUUUCAACCAGCCCCUCGUGCACCUGUCUCACCACUCGGGCAACUCCUCCUCACCUCCACCCCCCCACCUCAAUGCUCAUUCUGCUGAGCCUGUGUCCCCUGAGACCCACCCCUUCCUAAACCAGCAUCUCGUCCUCCCGCCUCCAGCCUUGCACAGUUCCAUGCCGCAGCAGCCGUCUCGACCCAGUCACAAGGCAGCGCCGCUUCAUCCUAAACUCCCUCAGCAGCAACAAGCAGCUCCUCCUCCUCCUCCUCCUCCUCCUCCGCAGCCAACCCUGCAGCAGCAUCAACACCCGCAGCAGCAACAACAACAACAACAACAACAGCAGCAGCACCAACAACAGCAGCAACAACAACAGCAGCAGCAACAACUACAACAACAACAACUACAACAGCAACAACAGCAGCAGCAGCAGCAGCAGCCGCUGCAGGUCCAGUCAGCAGCGCCCCCACAGCAUCAGCUCCCCCCUCAGAUCCUUCACCCCCCUCAGCCUCUGCACCAACGGCCCAUGUCCCCCCCAACACUCACACCCCAGGGCUUGCUGUCUUCUCAACCUCCUCAGAUGCUGCUGGAGGACGAUGAAGAACCGGGGUCUACAACGCCUUUGAACCAAGUCCAGUUAUACCUGCAGCAGUUCCAGCAGCCCCGGCAGCCGCAGCAGUCCAUGCAGUCGCUGCAGGCGCAGGCUCGUCAGCAGCAGCAGCAGCAGCAGCAGCCGGCACAGACUUCUCUCCUGCAGUCGGUCCAGGGUCAAUCUCAACUCUCAUCUCAGGCGACGCUGCCUCCUCCCCAGCUCCCGGUUCAGUCCCAGGCUCCUCCUGCCCCAGCACAUCAGCCCCCGCCCCAGCAGAUGCCUCUGCUCCAGGCCCGCCACAUGCAGCACACGCAGCAGCAGCAGCAGCAGCAGCAGAGCUACCAGCAGGGUGCUGGACUCGCUGCUCAGUCGCUGGGACCACAACACAAGGUUUCAAUCUCUACCAACAAAGCACAGCAGAUCCUCCAGCAGCAGCAGGACCUGUCCUCGCCUCGCCCGGUCAAGGCUGACCCCUACACAGGUCACAUGAGGGACAACCCAUCCCCUCUUAUGAUGCAUUCCCCACAACUCCCCCAGUAUCCUCCCGUGUCUCACCCGUCUCCACCUCACAACGUGCAGCCCAAAAAGCAGAGGGCCCCUGGGAGCCAAGGUGGGUUGAAGGAGGAGAAACUCGCUCCAUCACCAGUGAUGAGAGGAGAGUCUUUUAACCCUGCAAUGAGACCAGACCACCACAAACACCCCGAUAAUAAACCUUCUCAACCAGGCCACGGCCAACAGAAUGUGAAGUCCAUGGACAGCUCACGUCCCGUCAUCCGCUCCUCUGAGUCCAGUGGGCCACCGCCCUCCCUGCAAGACAAGGACAAGUUCAAGCAGGAGUCCAAGACGCCUGUUGCCCCCAAGAAAGUACAGGAUGUGAAACUAAAGAACAUGGGCUCAUGGGCCAGUCUGGCACAGAAGUCCACGUCUACGCCCAUGUCUGCAGUGAAAUCAUCGAGUGACAGUUUUGAGCAGUUCCGUCGUGCUGCUCGGGAGAAAGAGGAGAGAGAGAAAGCCCUGAAGGCCCAAGCUGAGCAGGUGGAGAAGGACCGGCUACGCAGGGAGCAGGACAAGCUACGAGGUCGGGAUGAAGACGACGUCAUGGAGACGACCAGGAGGGUUCACGAGGAGCCACGCCGGCGCCAGGAGCAGCAGCACAUCCAAGCCGCUACGCAACAACAACAACAACAGCAGCAGCAACAACAACAACUACAACAACAACAGCAGCAGCAGCAACAACAGCAACAACAACAACAACAGCAGCAGCAGCAGCAACAGGAGCCCCCCCCGGCCGCCAUUCAGCAGCCUCCUCAACCCCCCACGCCGCCUCAGCCCGCCGCACAGAACCCGCUCGACCAACAGAGGGAGCUGGCACGCCGCCGAGAGCAGGAGAGGAGGAGGAGAGAAGCGAUGGCAGCGACUAUUGACAUGAAUUUCCAAAGUGACUUAAUGGCUAUCUUUGAGGAGAACCUGUUUUGAGGAGAGGAGCAACUGAAACGUAACUGCAAAAAAAAACAAAAAAAUGACGAUUCCCUUUGGUAAAAGAACCUUGGAUGAUUGACACUUCCUCUAAAGUGAGAUUUGCUGACCACGCCCCCCAGAGGGACGCCGGGCUGUGUGCAGACGUGACGGACGCUCACAGCCGCCCGGGACGGUCUCAUUGUCCUGGAUGUAACUUCCGAGGGAAGGACCCCCCACCCCCCCCUAGUCGGCACAGUUGCCUUUUGUCACACUUGCUUCUAACAGUGUGCGUGGUUGCAAACAAUAACCGCAAGAGAAGAGACAGUAACUAUGAACAUGCUCUGAUAAUGUACUGACGGACUGCGUUUUGAAACUGCCAGAGGAGGUGAAGAAGAGGACUGGUCGGUUUUGUUUGUUGUAAGUGAACACAUGAAUGGUUGGAGUGGAGCGAGGGGGGGGCGGGGCAACUUCCAUACUGUAAAUCCUGUAUAUUUCUCAGCGGAGAAGGUACACUUUGCCUUACACCUCUUUCCUAAACAGACCAUAAUGUCCUGUGGCCUGCACACAUGGACAAACCAAUAACAUUUAAAAGCAGGAGUAGGAGCAGUGCAGACCUUUUUCAUCAUGUAGUAUCUACUGUAAAGAAGUAUUUUCUUAUACUACAAUAACUGUUUAUUUUAUUUUUUCCCCUUCUCUGAAUCUUCACACCAACACACUCCGCCACUUACGUCUAUGCCAAACAACCCAUUCUCUUUUAUUCUCUAUUACUUGUCCUAAAACACGCUCGGUAGUGGGCGGGGGAUAAAAACCCCUGCGUAUAUGCAUCAAUCAUAGAUCCAGUGAGGAUUUUAUCAGACACAGAAUCAUUUUGAAGUUUUUAACCUGCCUUGUAUUUCUUAUUUAAAGCCGCAACAGGAAACUGGUUAGCAGAAGAGUAGAAAGGUCCGGUUGUUUUCCGAGUUUUAGUUGAAAUCUAAUUUAACUACGAGUGUUGCACCGUUAUUUGUAUUACACUUUUAGACAUGAAGUUGGAAAUGUUCAUAUCAUCGGCUCGUUCGCAGCAGUCACGUGAGGAGUCGAGGAGCCCCCCCCCCGCGGGUUUUGGAUCACAUGUCAACAAGCGUUCGAGGGAGGAAGGGAACAAUCGGGAAUAAAAACAAACACUCGCCACCUUUCUGUAGCUGUGAAUCAGGUUAGGAAAGAAUAGUUGAAGGGAUGAGAGAGAGCUCCUGGUUACGUCACCACGGGCACAGUGUCGACGACACACAAAUAAAAAGACAAAAACGAUUACAAAAGUCACAAAUCUGAAAACGCUGAAAAAAAACAGUUUUGAUUUCUAUAUUUGUUCUUGUUCGAUAAUAGUGGAUGUGAGUUCUGAUUCUGUUCUUGGAGUUGUCGUCUGGAGUCGCGGAUGAGUGGAAGUCUGAAACGCAUCUCGUCCUCUCCACUCGUCUCUCAUGGUGUUUUUCUCCAGUGCCUGUAUUGUAUUGCAAUUCUCGUUGGCUUAUAUUACACUUCGAGGGGGUCUAGAAAGGGGGCGAGUCCGGAAUUGGGUGGUGUAAUAUUUGACCGGGGAGGGAGAUUUUUGAAAGAGUUUGUGUAAAAAAAAAUAAAAUGACAUAAAAAAAAGGAAAAGACAGCAUUUUAUAUUUUACCCGGUGUCAAUAUUCGGGUUUUAAAUUUAGUUUUAGCUGGAGUGUACACACCUGACAACUACUUUCUCCUUUUGUUCAAUCAGCAGAUUUUAGAUAGAGAUGUUUCAGCAUUGCCACACUUAGCGUGUGAGUCUGGUCUGUGAGUGUGACUGUGUAAAUUUGGACGAUUGCGUGACUGUGUGUUAUUGUUAUUAAUUUUUUUUAAGUGUGUGGUACAAGGAGGUAUGUUCCGCAAUGUAGAUAAGCAUUCUAUUGAGGAGGAGGAGGAGACGGAGGAGGAGAAACAGAUGAACAGUACUUCAGGAGAAUUUUGUUUUUGUGCUUAAGUCACCUUUUUUAAUUUCCAUGAAGUCCACCAUAUAUGAAUAUAUAAUUUUUAUUAUUAGACUGGUUUUGAAAGGGUAAAAAAAACAAAAAAAAAAUUCAUUCCUGUUUAGCCUUUUUGUUUCUUUUCACAGUAACUGUUGGACAUAAUGUGCCAUGAGUUCUACCGAGAAUGUGCUGACCCGCAGCUCAGCCCAGAGUUUGCUUUAUUCAGGUAUUUUAUUUUGUGUUACAUGUGUUCUGUUUGGGGGGGGGGUUUUGUUCAAACCUUUUCCUCGAUUAUCGUUUGGUAUGUGACUGGUCUAUCGAGGUUCCUGAUCUGUUAUAAGUCUGUUAUGAUCAUUGAAUAAACUCAUUUCUUUUAUAGAAAAUAAAAAAUAAACGAAAAA